AUGGAUUUAUCUACUACCAUCAAACAAGCAACCAUGCUGAACCAACUCGUGGAGCUGGAAGAGCAAUUUCCAUUAGACGAGUUUGAACGCAAUAUAAUGUUUGAGCAAAGAAUUAAAAUCAUUUCCCGCCUUAUCGAAUGGGGUCAAGAGAAUGAAUCCCUUGGUAUAGAGGGAAGCCUAAGCGACUCGUGGACUCCUGAAGCGAGGCAGAGACUGAUCAACGAUUGGAGCGAUGACAAUAUUCAAGAGGGUUAUGGAAAACGAAAAUUGGAUGAACUAUACGGAGAAGAUGAGGAAGACAAGGAAGUAAGGGAUGAUUUACCUUUUUUUACCGUAAAACAAUUGAAACAAGUCAAGGUUAAAAAGUUUGCCACGACAGGCCUAGAUUAUGACAUUCAAUUCACCAAUACUGUUUCCAAUUUGGAGCUAUGGCAAUAUCAUAAUCGCCUCCAUGAAAUAUUUGAAAGUUUACUGGAGACAGUGACAAAUGGUGUGCCGAUGCACGAUCAGGUCCGUUUCGUUUUGCGUUCGUCUCAAUUGGAAUAUCCAAUAUCUUUACCUUUCAUGCCCCGAGAAAGACUAACAUCCGAACGAGUUUUAACCGAAAUCGAACGUGUGAUUCAGUCUAACCAUGAGUUUCGACUUAAUGAUUCGGUUAAUGUUAAUAUUGUGCAUGUUGAGAUGCCUAAUGGGGGGACAGGAAACAAACGUAAAGAAAUCAAUUUAGAUAAGUACCUAUCAAAUAAACGCUCAAUUGUCCGCAUUAAAAACAGUGAUAAGAUUUGUUUGGCGAGAGCGCUUGUGGUUUCCAUAGCAAAACUUGAAAAUGAUCAACAAUACGAUAAUAUAAGAAGAUCGGAUAAAAGCACAUUACAAACACGAUUGGCACACGAGCUGCAUGAGAAAUCUGGUGUUCCUGUAGGGGGGUGUGGUUUAAAUGAAGUUAAGCAAUUCCAAACUCAUUUAAAUGAGUAUCAGAUUAAUAUUGUUUCGAAGGAACACCAGAAUUGUAUUAUUUUUUCCGGGCCGGAUAAGGAAAAAAGAAUUUACUUGUAUUUGCAUGAUAAUCAUUACGAUGUCAUAACCAGCAUGCCUGCGUUUUUUGCCAGAAAAAGGUUUUGUCACACAUGUAAGAAAGGAUACGAUAAGUUACAAGAUCAUUUAUGCGGGGAUACUUGUAAAUUGUGCUAUUCUCAAAAUUGUCCGAUUGUUUCAUGGGUUCGGUGUAACGAUUGUAAUCGUUAUUUCAAAAGUCUGGAAUGUCUUCAUAAACAUAAACAAAGUAUAGGGAAUGCAAAAACCAUUUGCGAUUCAUUGGUUAAGUAUUGUAGCUGUCAGGCGGUAAUUAAACGAAGCAAAAUAAGACCCGAACUGCAUAACUGCGGACUUGUUCGUUGUGUCGUGUGCCAAAAAUACGUGGACGGUGAGAACCAUUUGUGCUACAUGCAAGCCGACAGGGCAAAAACCUCUCGAACGGUGGAUUCUGAGUCUGGCGAACAUUUAGACAAUGAGGCCCACGAAGAUAACGAACCCAGCGAAGAUAACCAACCCAGCGAAAAUGAUAGUGCUUACAAUCAACUGCUAUUUUUCGAUUUUGAGUGUACCCAAGAAAGUGGCACGCAUGCUCCAAAUCUUUGCGUAGUACAUGAUGAAUUAGGUAAUGAAAACAUCUUUCGGGGAGAACGUACAAAAGAAGAUUUUUGCGAAUGGUUAUUUCGGAAGGAGAACGCUGGCAGUAUUGUGAUAGCUCAUAACUUUCAAGGCUAUGACGGCUAUUUUGUAUUGAAAUACUUACAUAAACAAGGAAUUGUUCCUAGUGUUAUUUUACGUGGAGCCAAACUUCUUACAAUUAACGUGCCAAUGUUUAAUAUUAAGUUUAUUGACUCCUUAUGUUUUAUUCCGAUGAAACUUGCUAACUUUCCAAAAACGUUCGGAAUGACUGAACUUGCAAAGGGUUAUUUUCCUCAUCUUUUCAACACUGCCGAGAAUCAAACGUAUGUUGGGCCUAUACCACCAAGUGCAUUUUAUUAUCCUGAUGGCAUGACUCCGAGUGAGAAAGAAAAGUUUUUAAGUUGGCACGGUAAUCUACAAGAAAACAAUUAUGUUUUUAACUUCCAAGACGAAAUUUUAAAAUAUUGUCGUUCAGACAUUGACAUUUUGCGACGUUGUUGCAUGGAUUUUCGAGAGAUGUUUCGUGAUGUAACCAGUAUCGAUCCUUUCGAAAAGUGUUUGACUAUUGCUUCUGCCUGUAAUUUGGUUUUUAGAAGAAAAUUUCUUCGCGAGGACACGAUUGCUAUUAUACCCCCAAACGGUUAUACAGACCACGAGACAAGCAUUCCAUUCUUGCGCUUAAGUGGCUAUCGUACACGGCUGAACAAGAAAAUAUAG